CAACAUCCGACAAAACACCUUCUCGCUUUUAACAGACAUGCAUGCGAGUUCUAUUGACGAGAAGUAAUAUAUUCUCGACGUUUGCCUUGGAAAUAUUCUGUUGUGGACAGUCGUGUUCCCAGCCUCCAACUUUUUCAAGCGCGUUUCUCACACGCUGUGCCUCCAGAAUGAUGUCACGACUGUGAAACGAUAAACCGUGAAUAGCUACCCAGAGCUCCCACCUGAUUAAUUCCACCACCUCAUCACAAAAAUCCAACAUGGAGCACUACAAGCCUCAUGCAGGCUCGACCUUCGAAGGAUACUAUUCAAAGUUCCGUUUGCCAUCUGGUGCUUUUGUGGCAUUGAUUAUCUGCACGGUACCAAACGCCAACACACGACCUCACAAUAUCACCUUCACGUAUGUGCCCGAAGAUGUGACCAAGUCAUUCCAACGCGAGGUCUUUGUCGACAAGCUGGAGAUGAUAGAUGGAGAGGGUGAUGUAGCAUUUGAACAGCAUUGGAAGGGCGGUCAUGUCAAGGUCUACAACGACUCAACGACUGAAUACUGCAUCGAUCAUCUCGAAGACGAGGGCUUCAGCUUCAAGGGCAAGACCACAAGCCGCACACCAUGGAUGCCCGACAUGGACACACCAGAAGGCGCACUCGUCUACCUCCCACUGCCCCUACACUGGCACGUCCACUCCCUCGCCUCAGACUGCGACUUUGAAAUGCAAAUCAAAAACUACGACCUCCCCGAAGAAGACAAAAAGGGUGUUUCUUCAGUCCAUCAAGAGAAGAACUGGGCCAACAGUUUCCCCUCCGCUCACCAUUGGGUACAAGCCCGCGAAGGCAACGCAGGCAUAUGUAUCGCCGGCGGCGAAAUCCUCGGCAUGGAAGCCUACCUCCUCGGCUACCACGCCUCUGACCCUAAGUACAACAUGACCUUUCGUCCGCCCUACGCCGUGAAAGCCGCAGGAAUAGCUCCCUUCAUGUCUGUAUCUCACGACUGGGACACUCGCACUUUCGAACUCAGUAUCCAGAGCUUCACGCAGAAAAUUGUGGUUUCGGCCAGAGCGCCGAUAGGACAGUUUUUCACUCUAAGCUCACCGUUCCCUGAUGGCCAUCGUUUGAACUUCUUGGCUGAGAGUUUCAGGGCGGUGAUUAAUGUCAAGGUGUAUCAUGCUGGUGUUUUGGGCCCGUGGGAGUUUGUGCAUGAGGAUACUUUUGAGAAUGGUAGUUUGGAAUUUGGUGCUGGGUACUAUCCUCCCGCUGGCAAGGAGGAUCGCUUCUAUUAGAGGGGUCGGGACCGAUGGGAAUGUUUUGACGUAUGCAGAAAAUACGAUCUGUGAAACACAUCUGCUCAUGGACGAGAGAGCAGAUACGGAUCGUCGGAUUAAGAGAUUGUCUUCGAUGAGCAUGUCCCCACAAGCUUAGGACAUCGAGACUUAGGGUAUCGGUUCUCUGCCUGAACGCGUCACUUUUCGACCAAGAAACGUCAUGGAUGUGAGACGCGUCUGUAUGUACUGAACGAAACGAUACUUUCCCAGCCUCUUUUUAUCAGUGCCAAG